AUGUUGAUCUCGACCGAAUUGCCAGGGCCGUCGGCUGUCUUGUCGGCUUCGACUUCCUCGAACUGGUCGACGCCUGAUGAAAUAUCCUCGUCGUCGUCGCCCAGCAACAUUUGGGGCAGCCAAAUUCUCACCAUCACAGAUGGCCGUUUCUCACAUACCCUGUCCAUUUCUACUGCCUCAUUCCCCGCUGCGCUUCAGCUGCGCGAUGACUUUCUCCAUGAUCUUCAAACCGCUGGUGGGGCCGAGCCGGUAUCCUCUCUGGUGGAGCUGUGGGCCCGCUUUAUUGGUUUUACUGUGCGUCGUUUGGAGCAAUCUCCCCAUGGAUUGGCUGACGAUCUCCGACAUCUUUUGACCAUCGCCCUCGAUACCUUCGAUCGUGAUAUUCUACUGCAGCGCGAGAUCCAUGGCGUAGUCUAUGCCUUGGACAUCUCCGCAGACGCCGAGUCGGCCAUUUUAGCUGCUUACGUACGUGCGCGCCAUGUUCUGCGCAAAGUCAGUCGACCAGCGGCACCUUCUGCGCUCCUGGCUGCCGCGCAGCAACGCAAAGCACGACUAUAUGCUGUGUUCGGCGGACAGGGCAAUGAUGAAGAUUACUUUGAAGAGCUGCGGAUGCUCUGGCGGACCUAUCGCCCGCUGGUGGAAGACCUCAUUCCGUCAGUCUCGAGUAUGCUGCAGCGCGAGACCCGUGAGGAGAGCAUCAGUCGAUUCUAUCACAAUGGCAUGGACAUAGUCACCUGGCUCGAGAACCCGGAUCGUACGCCACCAUCUGACUACCUAAUCGGUGCGCCUGUCAGUAUGCCGCUCAUCGGUUUGUUGCAGCUGGCCUGGUAUCGAGUCGUCGGACGCAUAGUGGGUACCACACCUGCCCAGCUUCAGACCGCGUUUGCUGGAGCCACAGGACAUUCUCAAGGCAUCAUCCCAGCCACUGUGAUUGCAGUGGCGCAAUCGUGGACACAAUUCGACGCGCUCGCGCUCGAUGCGCUUCGUUUGCUGCUCGCCAUCGGAACUGCCAGCCAGGACCAAUUUGCCGUGGGCCAGCUGCCGCCGGACGUUGUUGCAGACGCCGAAGCCAACGGCGAGGGCUUUCCAGGACCCAUGCUGAGUGUGGCAGACUGUCCAAUCUCUCAGCUCCGCACCUAUGUAGCUUCCGUAAAUGAUUAUUUGCCCGUUGAUGCCCGCAUUGAGAUAGCUCUAAUCAACGGGCCUACCAAUGCCGUUUUGGCUGGACCGCCACUGUCACUUCAUGGGUUUAAUGUUUGGCUACGACAGGUGAAAGCUCCGGCAAAGGGCUUGCAACAUCGGAUUCCUUUCAGCCAGCGAAAGCCUGAGAUCCAUACCAGAUUCCUUCCAAUAACCACGGCCUUCCACAGCAGCUAUCUAACAGAUGUCGCUCCAGGCGUGCUGGAGCGUGUCCCCGAUUUCACCAUAACAGGUGACCAACUCCGAAUUCCUGUCUUUUGCACACACACAGGGACAGAUCUACGCAAGUGUGGAGCCGUCAACUUGAUUCCCAAGCUCAUUGCGAUGAUAACGACCCAGCAAGUCGUCUGGCCACUGGCCGUGCAUUUUCCCGGAUCCACGCAUAUUCUUGCUUUUGGGCCUGAUGGUGCAUCUGGCAUUGGAACUCUCACUAAUCGACUCAAGGAGGGCACUGGUGUCCGUACUAUCCUGGCCACGGGCAUCUCCAGCUCCCGCACCGAGCUGGGAGAUCGCAGUGAGUUCUUUAACUGGAAUCCUGCGCCCAAGGGUCUCGUCUACGGACCUAUAUGGCGGAAUCGCUAUCGACCGCAGUUGGUACAGAUUGCUGGCGGCGGCGUGCUUGUCGAUACUAAGCUCAGUCGCCUCUUGGGCUUGCCACCAGUAAUGGUGGCCGGAAUGACGCCCACAACUGCAGCCUGGGAUUUCUGUGCGGCAGUUAUGCGUGCCGGCUAUCAUAUCGAAUUGGCACUGGGCGGAUUCCAUCAAGCCGCCCAGUUGGAGACUGACAUUUACAAGCUGCUGGACGCGGUACCUGCUGGCCGGGGCAUCACCUGCAACAUGAUCUACGCCGCUCCUCACGCGGUGAAGUGGCAGAUUCCCCUGCUGGCCAAACUACGUGCGGCAGGCGUUCCCCUGGAGGGACUCACUAUCGGCGCGGGCGUGCCUUCACUCGAGGUGGCCACUCGGUACAUCAACGACCUCGGUCUACGCCACAUAGGCUUCAAGCCUGGCACUUUACCCGCAAUAUACCAAGUCCUCGAUAUCGCAUCGGCUCAUCCCACCUUCCCUAUUCUACUCCAAUGGACAGGUGGGCGAGGUGGUGGCCACCACUCAUUCGAGGACUUCCACCAACCGAUCUUGCAAGCCUACGAAUCCAUCCGCCGCUGCAAGAACGUUAUUCUUAUAGCGGGCAGUGGCUUUGGCGGUGCACAGGACACAUUCCCCUACCUAACAGGUGAUUGGGCCUGUCGGUAUAACCGCCCGCCCAUGCCCUUCGAUGGUAUCCUUCUCGGCAGUCGUUUGAUGACCGCUAAAGAAGCGCAUACCAGCCCCGCUGUAAAACAGGCAAUUGUGAAUGCGCCAGGGGUCGAGGACGAAGGUGAUUGGGAGCAGACAUACACACAACCAGCUGGCGGCAUUAUGACUGUAACCUCAGAGAUGGGGGAACCAAUUCAUAAGCUGGCUACGCGGGGUGUGCAACUAUGGGCUGAGUUAGAUCGCAAUGUCUUCAGCCUUGAUCGUAGUAAGCGCGUCGCGUAUCUGCAGAAACACCGUGACUACCUGACUCAGAGACUGAAUACCGAUUCGGUGAAGGUUUGGUUUGGAUGCAAUGCCCAGGGAUCUGUUGUCGACUUGGAGGAGAUGACUUACGCCGAGGUUCUGCGCCGUUUUGCUGCGCUUACCUAUGUGUCGGCUGAGAGCCGCUGGAUCGAUGAUUCCUACCGCUUGUUCCUGCAAGAUUUCCUAAAGCGCGUGGAGGCCCGCCUUGGCAACGUAGCCCCCGGCCCCGGAAUCAGCGAAUUCAACAGCGACGAGGCUCUUGCUGAUCCGACAACAGCGCUGAACGCCAUCUUGAAGCGGUUGCCGACCGCUGAGGCCCAGCUUAUUGGCACGCAAGAUGCAGAAUACUUUUUGCUUCUAUGCCAGAGACGCGGCACAAAGCCAGUACCUUUCGUCCCUGUCCUCGACGAAAGCUUCGAGACUUACUUUAAAAAAGACUCGCUGUGGCAGUCAGAGGACCUUGCAGCUGUUGCUGAUGCUGAUGUCGGCCGGGUUUGUAUUCUGCACGGCCCAGUGGCGGCGCGAUAUUCAACCAAGGUGGACGAGCCGGCAAAUGAAAUUUUAGGCAACAUCUACCAUGGACACAUUGAGCGCCUGCAGCAGCAAGAUCCCGAAUACCAGCAGGAUGGUAUCCCUAUUGUCGACUGCUUCAGCCCAUACUCUGUCCCACAGGACUGGCGACUUGCGGAGCUGGGCAUUCAUUGCUCGCCCGUCGGAAACACAGGCGCGAUGUUAUAUGAAGUGAAACCACUGGACGGUGCGCCCGGUGCGCCAUUGACACCCUCCUUAGUAGAAUGGCUUGUGGCCUUGGGCGGUUCCAAUGGGGGCUGGCGCCAAGCAUUCUUCCACGCAGCGACAAUCGUGCAGGGCCGAGCCAUCUGCGAGAAUCCGCUGCGGCGGCUUUUCCAGCCCACGCGUGAAUCGUAUGUGAUGGUGCAACAGGGCCACGGAGGCCUUUCGGCAGAUCCGAUAAUCACGCUGUUCGAACAUCGGCCACAUUCUGAGCCGGUCAAGGUCGUGGAAGUGCGGGUGGAUGAGCCUGGCGUUAUCACGCUUGAGAUCAUCAACUACCGUAAUGCUGGAGGUGCCGCUAUUGGUCUGCAGUUGAAGUUCCAGUUUAGGCGUGAAGCUGUUUACGCUCCCAUCCAUGAAAUUAUGGAAGGCCGCAACCAGCGUGUCAAAGACUUCUACUAUAGAGUCUGGUUCGCGGGUGAACUACCAGAGACAUGGCCCUCGGUCCACGACACCUUCCGCGAAUCGCAGUUUGAGGUGACGGCCGACUCAAUCGCCGAGUUCGCUCAUUGUGUACAGAAUGCCAGCGAUGCCGCCAGCAAGCGGCGUGGCAAACGGAUGGCGGCACCGUUGGACUUUGGUGUCGUCAUUGGCUGGGAAGCUUUGAUGAAGCCGCUUUUCUCGCGGGAGCUUGACGUCGAUCUGUUGACGCUGGUGCAUCUCACCAAUGGCUUCCGCAUUCCCGCGGAUGCGGACCCCAUUCAGGCAGGUUAUGCACUUGAGACCAAGUCUCGUAUACAAGCCAUUACGAUCGAGGAGACAGGUAAAUUGGUCGAGGUACGUGCGGAUGUGUACCAUGAAAACAAGGUCGUGCUCGAGUUAAGCAGUCAAUUCCUCUACCGAGGCCACCACACAGACUGGGAGAAUAUGUUCCGUAAAGUGGACGAGGAAGAGAUGGAGCUCUGCCCCCGUAGCCCCAUGGAGGUUGCGAUCUUGAACUCAAAGUCCUGGUUCCAGCCUCUGGAUCGGUCGCUCGACCUGGAAAACCAGACUUUGGUCUUCGUACUUCGUUCGACCUACCAAUACGCCAGCAAGGACACCUUCAAGACCGUUACUACUGUUGGUGAAGUUCGCGUGAAUUCAUCGCUCCCAGGUGGUUCGCGGCCGAUUGCGACCGUAGACUAUCACGCAGUCACCUGCCGAGGUAACCCCGUCAUGGAUUACCUCAAGCGUCAUGGGAGUCCAGUGCAGAAGCGGGCUAUGUUUGAUCAGCCUAGUCCCUUGACUAACGAUGGCGCAUCUUUGAUUCUCACUAUGCCACACUCUAACGAGGCUUAUGCUCACGUCUCCUGGGACUUCAAUCCCAUCCAUGUGUCCGCGUCGCUCUCGCGAUAUGCAGAUCUACCAGGUCUGAUCACGCACGGCAUGUACACCUCGGCACGGGUACGUGGUCUUGUCGAACACUACACCUGUGCCUCAGCCAUCGGCGCCUUCCGUAGCUUCCACUGCUCAUUCACGAGUAUGGUGCUACCGGGAGAUAAGAUUGAAGUCGUCUUCCAGCACAUCGGCAUGUUGGCGGGACGCAAAAUCGUCUCAGUGGAAGCAAAGCACGUCGGGCGCGGCGAGACCGUUCUGCGUGGAGAAGCUGAGAUCGAACCUGAGGAGACGGCAUUCCUUUUCACUGGUCAGGGUAGUCAACAAAAGGGCAUGGGUAUGCAGCUCUAUGCCCAAAGCAAAGCGGCCCAGCAGGUCUGGGAUUAUGCUGAUGCCUACUUCUCCGAUAACUAUGGCUUCCGCAUUACCGACAUCGUGCGAAAUGAUCCCAAGGAGUUGACCGUCUACUUCGGAGGGCCUCAAGGCCGACACAUCCGUGACCAAUAUCGUAGUAUGACCCGAGAGUCAAUUGGGCCCGAUGGGAAUGUCCAGCUGCUGCAACUGUUCCCCCAAAUUGACGAGGAGACUGAGUUCUACACCUAUUAUUCGCCCCAGGGCUUACUCUCGGCCACGCAGUUCACACAGCCGGCUCUGACGCUUAUGGAACUGGCUAUUUUUGCCGAUUUGCAAUCGCGCGGGCUGAUUUCGGAACGCAGCUCGUAUGCCGGCCAUUCAUUGGGUGAGUAUGCUGCUCUUGGAGCAGUGGGCAAGAUCUUCAAUGUCGAGUCCCUCGUUCAGGUUGUCUUCUAUCGCGGUCUGUUGAUGCAGUAUACUGUCCCCCGAGACGGAAAGGGAAACUCGGACUAUCGCAUGUGUGCAGUUGACCCCAGUCGCGUUGCACCUGGUUUCGGACAGGAGGCUCUGCAGCUACUUGUGAAGGCUAUUGCCACGCAGACUGGUCAAUUACUUGAGAUCGUUAAUUUCAAUGUCUUGGGCUUGCAGUAUGUGUGCGCCGGACAAAUUCAUGCGCUCCAUUGCCUCGCUACAGUACUCAACUAUCUCCAUGCCCAUGUCCCCUUGCCAGAAUCGCCAGAGCAGAUCUUCAGCUUAGCGCAAGCACAAAUCGAGCAAGUCGCGCUGGCAAAUCCACCAACGACACUGACUCGUGGCUGCGCGACAAUUCCCUUGCGCGGCAUCGACGUACCGUUCCAUUCCUCCUCGCUGCUGCCUGGCGUGGCAGGCUUCAGACGCUGUUUGCUGAACCUCAUCGACGGCCAUUCGUUGGAUCCUAAAUGCCUUGUAGGUCGGUAUAUCCCGAAUUUGACAGCCCAGCCGUUCGAGGUGAGCAAAGAGUAUUUCGAACUCGUCCACCGGACAACGGGCUCCGUAGCGCUUGAAGGCAUUUUGCGCGAGUGGGAUACAUAUCUUGACCCAACGAACGCAGAUGGCCUGCAAAAAAUCGAGAGCGCUAUUCAGGCGAUGAAGGUGCUCUGA